CCCCCCUCCUUUCGCCCCUUCAUGGGCCCAUGGAGGUUAGCCUGCCGGAAACACCGCCAGCCCCCCCCCCCUCCGGCUCCUCCGCGCCCCCUAUCCCUCCGCCUUCUCCGCGCCCCACCCGGCACCCCAUCGUGGGCCCAUGGAGGUUAGCCCGCCAACAGCACCGCCGAAAACACCGCUAGCCCCGCCAUCGGGCUCCUCCGUGCCCCCUAUAAGAAUUUCGCUUCUUGUUCCUUUCCAUCUCCAAGUGACGACAACAACGACGAAAGAGGUGACACUGAGGUUAGGAUGAGGCCAUUGAAGCGUAAGAGAGUUGAAGCGCCACGGGUCCCAACGCUCGAGGACGUGCAUCCUUACACCACGUGGAGUAUGUGUGUCCGGGUGUACCACAAAUUCCAUGCGGAGAGGUUCUCUGUUGGCAGGAAGAGGCUCAGCAUGGUGUUACUGGAUGAGAAGGUAGUACUUAUGCACACAUUUAAUUUCAGCUGCAAUAAAUAAUAUUUUAAUCAAAGUUAGAUUGUCACAAUCUAUCUACUUCUUUAGGGUAAGAAAAUGGCAGCUGUCAUAUAUGAUGAUGAGGUGGAUCGUUUUGAGCCAUUACUUGUAGAGGGACGGGUAUAUUAUGUGUGGCGGAUGUCCGCAGAACCAGUUAUGAGAAAUCAAGACUACAUGUUUGCAGAUAGUCACUUUGUGUGUCGUUUCACAUCAGUGACAGCACUUAAUGAGAUAAGAAAUGUGAACGAGCAAUUUAUCCCAUUAUUUCCACCGUUUAUGCCUUUUGACAAAGUUUGGCAGUUCACUCUGGAUAAUGAUAUGUAUGUUGAUGUCAUUGGCAUGGUUAUGUAUGUGAGUUCUAUGGGGCACAAGUACAGUUUCUACAAUCGAAAGGUCCCACUGAGAAAUAUUGUUCUAAUGCACAGCAGCUAUAAUAUUGUGAAGUUAGUUGUAUGGGACAAGUUAGUGACUGGUAAUCUAAGUACCUGGGAGAAAAUCGCAGAGGACCGUGCUAUUGUUGUGGCCACGAUGUUAAAUGCAAAGCGCGAUGACCGUAGCCUGCACACUACGGAUUUUAGUAGGGUCUACUUUGAUCCGGAUAUCGCAGUUGCACAUGAAUUACGACGAAGGAUCAAUAAUGAGCUCAGCGGGCCACCCUCUCCAUGAGUCAAAGAAGAUGAACUAUGGUCAUGUUGCAGAACUGGAGUCUUAGCAUAAUAGGACUAUGUUUUAUUUAAGCGUCGAUCUUGUACAUGGUGCAGAACCAGUACUCAAUAAAGUAGUAUAGACUGUCAAAGAUGAGGUCAGGGGAAGAUGAUUUGUAGCAAAGUUUAAGUUGUGACGGUAGACGCUGAAAUCUUUAGUCAUUCUUUUUUAUUGAGAAAGCAUAUGGGAACUUCGUGUCAAUGAACAUAUAUAUGAAGUUC